AUGCCUUUUUUCCCAAAAAAACAUAAUAAUAAGGACGAUUCGGCAUCCAAAUGUAUAAUAAAUGAUAAUAAUUAUAAUCACAAUAGAAUAAAUCAUAUGGAACCUUCAAUUGAAGAUGAUGAUAGGCAAACUCCAGUUUUUUACUGUCAACAGGCACAAGGAAGUCCAACAGGAAUCAUUUCCGGUUUUAAUAAUGUUAAAGAAUUAUAUCAAAAAAUCAGCGAGUGUUAUGAUUUCGAACCGAACGAGAUAUUGUUUUGUACGUUAAAUACUCAUAAAAUAAAUAUGAAUAAACUAUUAGGAGCUCAAAUAGCAUUGACAGAUUUUAUAUUUAUUCAUAGAAAAGGAAGAGCUAAAGAAGUAGAAUUAAUAAAAAAAGAAGAAUCUUUAGGUUUAACAAUAACCGAUAACGGAAAUGGACUCGCAUUUAUAAAAAGAAUAAAACCUGGAAGUGUCAUUGAACAAAUUCCAGUUAUUCAGGUUGGAGAUCAUAUAGAAAAAAUAAAUGAUGAAAGUUUAAUUGGAAAAAGACAUUUUGAAGUUGCUAAACGUCUUAAAGACAUUCCACAGGGAUCUACAUUUACUCUUAGAUUAGUUUCACCUCUUCAAGCUGGUUUUUAUAAUAUUGGACCGAGAGAAGAUAAAGGAAGAGGAAGAAAAUCAAAUUAUGGAUCUGGAAAGGAAACGUUACGAUUCAAAGCAGGCGGUGCUGCUGUCGUCGAAGUUGUUGACGAUUCUAUUAAAUAUCAAAAAGCCGUUGAUGGAAUCAAUGAACUCCUCGAAAGUUAUUUAGGAAUUAAUGAUUCUGAAUUAGCUGGAAGAAUUUGGGAAAUAUCAGAUGGUAUAAAAAAUAGUUUGGAUUUUUUAAUGGAGCUCAAUAAUAGUGAUUUAAGCGAAUUAGGAUUUUCAGAUGGUUUCAUAUUUGAAUUAUGGGGAGUAAUAACAGAUGCAAGGGAUGGAAGAAUUUAA